AUGUCUUCUGGAGAAUAUUAUGAUCACGUACUCGCAACAAACUUUGAAGCUUAUAUUAAAGACGAAGGAAUAUUACGAAUAAAAAUAGACGAAAUGGAUCUGUGUAAAACCAUAAAAAAAAUUCGAUUGAUAAAACGCAAUUUUGAUGUAGAACAAGAAAUAUUUAAGUUGAAGUACAAAACUUCUCUUUCAUCCGAUUCCAAUCUUUCUAUAUUAAAUGAAAUUGCAAACAACAUAAACUCGUCAGAUGAAACAUUACAAUUAAUGGCAAUUCAAACGUACAGAAAAUUAGGUCGAGAAAGGAAUAUUGUGAAUGGUAUGAUAAAAGGUGACAUCUUAUCACGCUGCAUUGAACUUUUAGACAGCGACAACAUUUGCCUACAAUCUGAAAUAACAUCUUUAUUAACUGUUAUUACUUCGAAGAAUGCAUUCGAAGAAUCGGAGAAUUAUAUAAAAUAUGAAGCAAUACCAAAAUUAAUGAAGCUACUUAAGUCUACAUCUUCAAUUGUUGCUGAACAAACAGUUUAUGUGUUAGGAAAUAUAAUUGAUAUUCCCUAUGCACGUGAUCUUGCUCUUGAAUGUGAUGCUAUACGUCUUUUAGUUGAUUUAAUUAAACCUGAUACUUCUGUGACAUUCAUGGACAACAUCUCAUGGCUUUUAUCCAAUUUAUGUCAAAGGAAUCCACCUCUAAGUCUUGAAUUAAUUAGACCUAUUCUGCCAGUUUUUGAUCGUCUGUUAAAUAGUGAAAAUAACAACAUAAUCUCCGAUACCUGCCGGAUACUUUGUUACCUUACUGAUGGAGUUAACGAUAAUAUACAAGCGAUAAUGGAAACUGGUAUUCUACCGAAAAUUUUAGAUUGUUUGAUAUCGAAAAUAAAAAGUAUCUUUAUCCCAGCAUGGUUCACCAUAAGAAAUAUAAUGAUAAUGGGUGAUGAUACUCAAAGGGAUGCUGUCAUUUCUGCGGGAGGAUUGUCGCGUCUUCGUUCUUUAUAUUGGUUUUAUGCUGACAAGAAAAAUAUUAUUGCAAAGGAAAUUCUUUGGUUAAUUUGUAAAAUGGCAAGCAAUUCAGACCAAAUCCAAAAUAUAAUAAAUGCUGGACUGUUAUUAACACUGAUAAACGAAAUUCUAUUUGGAAGAAUAAAAGUAAUAGCCAUAUGGACUGUAACUACUAUGAUAACGAGAGCAACAGUUCAACAAUUUAAUCAAUUUGUGAAUGCUGGUAUAUUACCAGCUCUAUGUAAUUUACUUCCCUCAAAUUUAAAAUUUACUUCUCUCGAUCAUACCAAUAUUAUUAAUGCUUUAACUGGUCUGACUAAAAUCUUGCAUGCUGCAGAGGAAAUAGGACUAGUAAAAAGACUUGUCAUUAUGAUAAAAAAAAUUGGAGGAUUGGAUAAAAUAGAAGCUCUUCAACAUCAUAAGAAUGAGAAAAUUUAUAAAAAAUCUUUGGUCAUAAUAAAUGCUUUUUUUUCUAUAAAGACAGAGCCAGAACUUCCACGUUUAUCGACAGAAGCCGUUGUUCCAUCUUUUCUUUCUGUAAAUGGAACUGUACAUGAAAUUGUACAAGACCUGACACUAUCGUCAGACAAAGCAUUACAAAUACUGGCAAUUCAAGUUUAUAGCAAAUUAUUUAAUUAUUCGAAAACAAAUUCUUCUGAUAUCUUAGAAAGUGACAUAUUAGCACGUUGUAUUGAACUCUUAGAUAACGACAAUUUUGUCUUGCAACUUGAAUUAAUAUCCUUGUUAACUGCUGUAAUUUUGAAUACAUUUUCCAAAGAAGCGCAAUAUGUUAUAAAAAAUGGAAUAAUAACAAAAUUGGUGAAGCUAUUUAAGUCUGCAUCAUCUAAUGUUGUGGAACAAGCAGUGCAUGCUUUAGGAAUUAUAAUCAAAGAUAGACCAUAUGCACGUGAUCUUGCUCUUGAACAAAAUGUUCUACCUUCUUUGGUCGACUUAAUUAAACUUGAUAUCUCAACAGGAUUUAUGUGCAACAUUGUAAGGACUUUAACUUAUUUAUGUAAAAAAUCGGACUCGGCUUUAUCUUUUGAAUUGAUUAGACCUGUUUUACCAAUACUUAAUUACCUGUUCAAUAACGGAAAUCAAGAUUGUGUUGAUCAAGAAUUACGUUCCAAUAUUUGCAAGAUACUCUCUUACAUCACCUAUAAAUCCAACCAUAACAUACAAGCAGUAUUGAAAACUGGUAUUCUAUUGAAAAUUUUAGAAUGUCUGACGUCGAAGGAGGAAAGUAUUCUUAUUCCAGCGUUGCGAACAAUUAAAAAUGCAGUAGGAAUGGAUGAGGCGAAUGAAUCGGAUGUUUUAAUUUUAGCGGAUUAUUUGCCGCAUUUUUGUUCCUUGUUGCGAAAUCAUCAUGCCAAUCAUCAUGAAGAUAUUACAAAGGAAAUUGUUUUGAUUAUCUUUGGAAUGAUUAAAAACAUGAACCAAAUUCAAAAUGUGUUAGAUGCUGGUCUAUUACCACCAAUGAUAGAAAUAUUUAUGUUUGGAAAAGGAAUGGUUCAAAAGAUAACUGGAUGGAUCUUAAUGUAUUUAAUCUCGUGUGCAACAAGUCAACAACUGACCGAAUUAAUAAAUGCUGAUAUACUGUUAGCUUUUUGUAGUUUAUUGGGAACGAACAAUUAUGAGCAUAUUAUUAAUGGUUUAAAUGGUCUAAAUAAUAUCUGGGAUGUUGCAGAGAAAGUAAAACAAAGAGAAAAACUUGUCACUAUAAUCAAAAAAGCUGGAGGAUUAGAUAAACUGAAAGCUCUUCAAUAUCAUGGAAAUGAAAUAAUUUAUGAAAAAUCUAUGGUUAUAAUUAGCUCAUUAUUUUCUUAA